AUCAGCUGUUUGAAUGCAACGAUUAAUUUGACAUUGACGUGACAUUUUCCAUUUACAAGUGAAAAUUUAUUGUAAAAAAUUUACAUUGUUUAGUUUGUGGAAAAAAAAUAUUGAAAAUUUGUGAAAAUAUUUGAAAAUUCUUUAAAAAAUAUCAAAUUUAUUACAAAAAAUAUUGUGAGGAAGUGUAAUUUAGCAAAAAUUAUGCUAUAGAAACGUGUUGUAGAUAAAUAAUCAACAUCAGUAAAAAUAAAAAUAAAUUUUGAGAAAAAUUGUGAAAUUAUUUUUUCCACUUUGUCGAUCGAAUUGAAAAACAACAAAAUAUGCGUUCACGCAGCAAUUCAGGCGUACGCCUGGACUAUUACCAACGUAUUGUUCAUCGUUUGAUUAUGAGCCACCAGGAGCCCGUAACGGGUUUAUUUCCAGCAUCUAAUAUUAAUUCGCAUGCCUGGAUCAGAGAUAAUGUAUAUUGUAUAUUGGCAGUAUGGGGUCUGUCGAUGGCCUACAAAAAGAUAGCAGAUCAGGAUGAAGAUCGUGCCAAAUGCUAUGAACUAGAACAAAGUUGUGUUAAAUUAAUGCGUGGUCUCUUAAUGGCCAUGAUGAAUCAAAAGGAUAAAGUGGAAAAGUUUAAAAUAACUCAAAAUCCUUUGGAUUCUCUACAUGCUAAGUAUUCUAGCAAAAACGGACAACCCGUUGUGGGUGAUGCUGAAUGGGGCCAUCUACAAAUCGAUGCGGUAUCAUUGUAUCUUUUGAUUUUGGCACAAAUGACAGCAUCUGGCCUUCAAAUUGUUUUCUCUUUAGAUGAAGUAUCAUUUAUACAAAAUUUAGUCUUCUAUAUUGAAUCAGCCUAUUGUAUUCCCGAUUAUGGCAUCUGGGAACGUGGAGACAAAACAAAUCAUGGUGAACCUGAACUUAAUGCCAGUUCUAUUGGUAUGGCUAAGGCUGCUCUAGAGGCCAUGAACGAAUUAGAUCUAUUUGGUGCCCGCGGUGGUCCCGCUAGUGUUAUACAUGUAUUGGCUGACGAGGCACACAAGUGUCAAGCUGUUUUACAGUCAAUGUUACCGCGAGAAUCGAAUAGUAAAGAACUGGAUUCAGGUCUUUUAUGUGUUAUUGGAUUCCCAGCCUUUGCUGUCGACGACCCACAAUUGAUACGUAAUACCAAAGAUGCCAUCUUACAGCGUUUGCAAGGUAAAUACGGUUGUAAACGUUUCUUACGUGAUGGCUAUCGUACACCUAAAGAGGAUCCCACACGUUUAUACUACGAAAGAUGGGAAUUGCGUAUGUUUGAGAAUAUUGAAUGUGAAUGGCCAUUAUUUUAUUGUUAUUUGAUAUUGUUCCAUGCAUUUCAAUCUGAUAAGUUGGCUGUUAAAGAGUAUGCAGAUCGUUUGGAGCAAAUAAUGGUUCGUGGAGAUGAUGGUAUACUUUUAAUACCCGAGAGUUAUGCGGUAACACAUGAUACUGUACCGCAAGAAUAUCAAAUGCCAGGAUCACAACCCAGGGAAGUUGUAGGACGCUGUCCAUUUUUGUGGGGUCAAUCUCUAUUCAUUUUAGGCAGAUUAUUACAAGAGGGAUUUCUAGCGGUGGGUGAAUUAGAUCCCCUCAAUCGACGUUUGGGUGCUCAGAAAAAACCAGAUGUUGUCGUACAGGUGGUUAUAAUUGCUGAAGAUAAUGAAAUACGCGAUAAAUUGGCUGAAUAUGAUUUGCAUGUUCAAACCAUAGCUGAGGUGGCACCAAUUGAAGUUCAACCAGCUCGUGUUUUAAGUCAUUUAUAUACGUAUUUAGGCAGAAAUCGUAAAUUGGGUUUGACUGGUCGUAAGUCUCGUGAUGUGGGUAUAUUAAGUACGAGUAAAUUGUAUUCUUUAAAAGAUAGAAUAUUUGCUUUUACGCCACAGCAUAUCGAUUAUGAAGAAUAUUACACCACACGUGAUCCUGACUUGCUUGCAAGUAAUUUCACCACCAAUUUAGCUUUCCUAACAAAUAAUUGGCGUCAUAUGUUAGGAAGACCCACUAUAACUUUAAUGGCAACACACUAUAUGCUAGAUCAAGAUAGAAUACCCUUGGCCAUGAUACAAACAAUGCGUAAACUAAAAUCGGGUUAUAUUAAUGGUACUCGUGUUAUGUUGGGCAAUCUUAAGGAUUUCCUUAAUACCUCUGCUAUAACUGAUUUAAGCUUUUUGGGCAGUACCGAAGAUGGUUACCCCGAUCGUUUACAUCCCGAUGUACAGACAUAUUUGGAUGAACAUUUGUUGCGUUCAUUUAGUCAUCGUAAUACUAUGAAUCUAAGAGGUGGUCAAUUGCGUCCCAGACAUCUAAGGCGACGCAUGUCCUGUAAGGGUGCUAUUAAGAAAACUAGAUCUAUUAAUGUGGAUUCUGAUAAUUUGGGCAUGGAGGGUCCUACACCUUUGACCGAAAGACGUUUAUCAUCAAUUGUACCACCGCCCUGGUUGCAGGCUAAUCAACAGACUCCAUUAAAUUCAUUCUCCACUACACCUGAGGGAAGUGCUACUAAUACGAAUCAAAAUCGUUCGGAAGUGUUGAUACGUGAGAAUAUUUAUCCAAUUGAUAUCAAUCAUAGUCGUUCAGCUAUAGAAAAACGCAGUGAGUUUGCUAGACAACAAGAAAUCAACAAUGUUCCUAAAAUUCUUGUGCAACGCCAUCGUACGGAUACAAAUUUUGCCGAUACAGAAGUGGAAGAGUUAAUAGCCAUGCUAAGAGAAACGGAAAAUCUAGAAGAACAAGGUGACAUCUUACAAUAUUUGGUAGAUACCCAAGGAUUAGAUUUCAAUACAGCCGGCUUAGGACUUAAACAAAAAUCAUCAUCGUCCUCUUCCUCCUCUUCUGUAAUUGAUCCAACCCUUGUGGAGGAAUCAACAUACGAUGAGUUAGCUUUAAAAAGUACUGCUUCGAAGCCUCCAUUACCACCAUCUGCACUGUUGGUGGUGCCCAAUGAUGAGUCAGCAUCUUCUAAUAAUACCAACAAUGUCAAUGUUAUUAAUUCCUCUCACUCUGAAGGCAUGCUGGAAGAGGGACGUGUCGUUACUGUGCGCGAUUUACUCAAGGGCUUAUACGAAAAGGCCUGUCAGCAGAAACUCUGGGGUUUGGUACGUCAUACCGCCGGUAUGUUGGGUAAGCGAGUGGAGGAUUUAGCCAAAGCUGUUACCGAUUUGUUGGUACGUCAGAAACAAGUGACCGUGGGCAUGCCACCGAAUAAUGAGUUUACCAUAACGGCUCCCUUACCCGAAGCAGACUUAAGACAGUUGAUACAUGAUGCUUAUGGUGAUGAUGAAAGUACCGCUAUGUUGACACAAGAAUUAAUGGUUUAUUUGGCCAUGUUUAUACGCACCGAACCACAAUUGUUCCAUGAAAUGUUACGUCUUAGAGUUGGUCUUAUUAUUCAAGUAAUGGCCAAGGAAUUAUCACGUACUUUGAAUUGUGAUGGUGAGGCGGCCUCGGAACAUUUGUUGAAUUUGUCACCUUUUGAAAUGAAAAAUCUUUUAUAUCAUAUCUUAAGUGGCAAGGAAUUUGCUGUAAGCAGUGUGGCUCGUGGCAAUCUAUCCAUUGUUAGCUGUAAAUCCAGCCGUGUUAGCAAGAAGAGUCAAAUUGGUUUGGGUGACCCAGAGGGUGAAGAUGCCUUAAUCGCCAGUAUUGAUGAUAGACAGGGACAAUGGUUACGUAGACGUCGUCUAGAUGGUGCUCUUAAUCGUGUGCCACGUGAUUUCUAUUCGCGUGUCUGGUCAGUUUUAGAAAAAUGUCAAGGUUUGGCCAUAGAAGGUCGUAUUCUACAACAGAGUUUAACCCAAGAAAUGACUCCUGGCGAGUUAAAGUUUGCCUUGGAAGUUGAGACAGCCUUAAAUCAAAUACCCCAACCGGAAUAUCGUCAAUUGGUGGUGGAGGCUUUAAUGGUUUUGACUCUGGUAACCGAACAUAAUAUGGUACCAAAUUUGGGUGGUAUUAUAUAUGUCGAACAUUUGGUGCACAAAGCCAAUCAAUUGUUUUUGGAAGAUCAACGUAAGGUUCAGGGUGAUGCUACACUCUGCUGUGCCAAAUCCAAAGAUGGUAAGGAACAACACCAGGCCGCCUCUGGUAUGUUGUUGUGUGGUGGUGCUGCAUAUAUUUGUCAACAUUUGUAUGACAGUGCUCCUAGUGGCAGUUAUGGCACUAUGACUUAUAUGGCACGUGCCGUAGCUUUGGUCUUGGAUUGUCUUCCCAAACAUGGUGAAAUGGAAUGCGCCAUUUCCUAAUCAUUUUAUAAAGUAUACGUUUUCUCGAAUGAGUUUUAUCUCAUGCUUUAAUUUUGCUGAAUUUUAAGUUUGCUAUUUAACCAUUACAAUAAAAAAGUGUUUUUAGUUGUUUAAUUAUUAAUGUUUAGUUCUAUUUUUUGUUUUUGUAACAAUUCAUUAAGAAAUUUUACUCGAAAUUUUGUUGAAUUUUAUGAAUUUAUUUUGUAAUUAAGUGGAAUAAUCCAUACAUAUAUUUUAUUUACAUAUAUAAUCUAUUUUAUUUGUUUUCUUAGAACAAAAUAAUAAAGUGCAUAGAAAAUUG